GAUUGGACUUUUAAGUUUUCGAUGCAACAAAAUGUUGAUACGAGUACCGGUUAUGUAUCGUAAAAACAUUGCGCCACGGAACGUAAUUCAGGAAAUAAAUAUCGCCCGCAAGUCACGUCUCCGGCAAUCAGUUCAACUUUCCAGCUCUCUGUUGAGAAAAUAAAAAUAAAAAUGGAAUGUAAUUCGACUCGUUUGCAUCUCUCCGUAAUGUUCCCAAAUUACGGGUUCUGUUUUACUGUUAUUGUCAUCUUGGCCGUCUUAUCUAAUCAGACGCUGGCUACCCCAAAACGAGAGCCUAAAUGCUGCAGCAAAUUAGCAAAGAGUGCUCGACGAGGUCUAGAAGGCUUCAACAAGAUAACCUUACGGAUUGUUAGCGCCCUCAUCAAAACAGCAUCCCGUCUUUGGAAGUACAUACCGGAAUGCUUGAAGCCGCCUCCACCGAUCGUCAAGUUUGCAAAUACAACCAAUGAGUACAUGAAAAGAAAACGGCCCAUCGACCACGACGCUAUCUGCGACGACUUUGACGACUAGCACCAGAACAAUGUUGAUACUUUUUUCAUAGAGUAGAUAAUUGGGUAAUUGUGAUAAGACAUGUAGUUCGAAACGUACGUAUAUAGCUGAAUAUUAUAUCUGAUACAUUUUGUCUUUCAGUUCAUUAUGUAAUAGUUUUCUAAAUAUUGAAUUUACGUAUCGUCAUGCAACCGGAAGAAGACAAAAAGAACCUAAGUUAAUGACCGCAUCACCCUGGAUUGUCAAUUGCAUAUGCAUGAUGCGAUGGAAGGUGUCUUUAAUGUAUAGUAUUAAUAGUAUCAUACGUUAUUAAUAAAAACAUUUUCU